AUGGUAGUUUCAGUGGCCGCAAUGAUAACACUAUUUUCUCUACAAGCUACCCAAGCACAUCUCUUAAAGGAGAAAAUAAGCCACUUGCAAUUCUAUUUCCAUGACAAAAUUUCAGGAAAAAAUGUGACGGCUGUGAAAGUGGCAUUAGCUCCAACCACUGAAAUGUCGGCUAUUGGCUUUAGACUAGUAUAUGUGUUGGACGAUCGAUUGACAAAAGGGCCCAAGCCCACCUCCAAAUUGGGCAGAAAGUUAGACGGCAGUACUCUCACCAUGGUGGGAAACAACACUGUGUUUAGGGAGGUUAGAGAGAUGGCAAUUGUGGGAGGAAGCGACAAAUUUAGGAUGGCUCGAGGGUAUGCCAUCGCUCGCACUCACUCCUUCGACAUCCAAUCUAGAAAUGUAAUCAUUCAUUACAAUUUUACCUUACAUCAUUACUGA